CCGAUUUCCUCCCCGCUCGCAGGAUUUCUCCUUCGGGUGCCAAGACAGAGACCAACCCGUUGUUGGCCUGUGUCCAGCUGGCCCCGCCAGCCACCGACCCAGCUGCUUGACGAUCCCGAGGUUCCUCAAUCCGCGCGAGGCCUCCGUGUGGCGCUUGUGUGCCUAGGAGAUGAGCGAGGAGUACGAGAAGGCCCCGGCCGACCCUACACCACGGGAGGCCGUGUCAGGUUGUGGCCAUGCGGCCGCUGUGCCUGGCCCUGCCCACUACUCGCUCGUCCACGCCGACGGGCGGAAUUCCGAGAUGGAGCAGCCCUCGUCGGUUGACAACAGCCCCUCCUACUUGCAGCGGGGAGAAGGUGAGACCCGGCCCGGCACAACACAGGCCAACAGGCAGCCAACCACACACGGGUCACUGUGAUUUUGCAGGAGCAUCUCCCGCCAAGGCGAGGGACGAGCGUCUGAGGGAGUCACUGGAGCAAGGUAGGGAGCACGCACGAGGCCACUCCUGGAGCUGUCUGACUCCUCCUUGCGUGUGUGUGGGUCCGUUUUGUGUGCAGGUUUGGGGGAGAUGGUGAAGACAUGCCCAGUGGGACCUCAUGCAUCAUCUGCCGAGGGCGGCGAUGCCGCCGAGAGCGAUCCCGACGCACCACAGCUGGUCAAGGAGCUCUCACAAGGUCACAGGAGACACACCACAUGCAAGAAACAAACAGCCAGACGAAGGAAGGAGAACCGAACCGUGCGUGCUGUGUGUGUGUGUGUGUGUGGUUGGUUGGUUGCAGGCAGCAAGGUAGAGGUCAAGUGGCCCAAUUCCGUGGAGGUGCACGUGGGCAUCGUGCGUUCGGUGGCUAAGGUGGACGACGAGUGGACCGUGCGGGUCAACAUCAGGGGCUACUCUACCGGCGAUGGCUCCGCAUUCGCCGUGCCCAUCGAGUACGUCCGCACGGGCAGCGGAUGGACCAGAGAACUGCUCAACAGUGACACAAGGUCAGUCAGUCAGUACAGUCGUGGAGUGAACGGGGAGGGAGGGAGAUCAAUGCACUUCCAUGCACGCGGCUUCGGCUGUCCUGCCCUCCUUUUCUCUCAGGCACUCCCGACCUCGUCGCGCCCCCCUGGCCCAGCCGCAGAGCUCGCCUUCCAGCCCCCAGAAGCGUCCCCCCACGCCGCAGAAGCGCCCCCGUGCCAGGCCGUCCAAGACAGGCUCGCCCCUUACUUUGUCCAAAGACAAGAGGGAAUCGCACGCACUCAAAGCCAAGAAGACCGCACGCCGCACGCGGCCCCAAUCAGAGGUCGGGACGCGGAGCGACACAGAGAUGGGGGAGGCAGGGGGGCGGGAGGAGUCCGUCUGCUCGGAGGGCCUGGCGGGCAAGGCCGACUCACACGCAGCUGCUGCGGCGGCGGCUGCAUCGGUGGCGGAAGUUGCUGUGCCUUCGUGGCCGUUGGCUGGCGAGCUGGUGUUGGCUGACACAUUGCAGGAGCGGAUCGCUCUGGCGCGUGCCAAGGCGGCUGCGAUCGUUGGGAGUGACUUCGACGUGUCGCAUCUCAGCCCGACCGACGCACGCACCCUGGACAGGCUCAAACCGGGCAUGAAGAUCGAGGUACGGAAGACCCAUGACACAGAAGGAGACACACGGAACCGUCAGAACCCUCACUCACUGCCUGCUUCCGUCUGUCUGUUUGUUGUGUGUUGUUGUGUGUGUUGGUGUUCAGGUGAUGCAGAUCACCAAGAACGGUCCCGAGGAGGCGACGGCCGUGGGGUGGGGUCCUAAGGACGGCACCGUGUACGUGCGGUAUCGCAAGCCCGGCUGGAGCACCCUCUUCAUCACCCCCAUCUCCGCAGUCCGCAUAGGCAACGAGUGGAGCGAGUCCAUCCGGCAGGAGGGCCGGGCCAGCCGCGCAAAACCCAAACCGCCCUUCCUCCCACAGACCCUCGACAGAACAGCCACAGCCCCACCCACCACCGAGCCAGAGCCGGCCAAGCGCAAGAAGCACCUGGAGGUGCCUGGGGGGCCGAGCAAGCGGCAUAGGUCGGCGUUUGGCGUGUCGAUGAGGCGGGAGAGGGAGAGGGGGGAUGGGGAGGGUGACAGCAUUGAUGGAGGGGACGUGAUGAUGAACAUGCCUAGCGAGAGGUUUCGCCAGGAGCUGUCGAGGGCGGUGCCUCAGAUCUCCGUGUCGAGGCCGCCCACGCUGGACGAGUGGGAGAUCGACCCGUCGAUCCCGCACCCUAGUAAGUACGAAUCCAUGCAUCCAUGCAUUGUAGUUAAAGGGGACAGACACGUGACAGACAGGUCGAUCGAUGGAUGCCUCACACACUUGCCUUGCCCGUCUUGUGUGCGUAUGUUAUGUGUGUGUGCAGACACGUUGCCUGUCGGCAGUCCGAUUGAGCUCAAAGCGCCUCGGCAGGACAUGCCGGAAGCGGCUGUAGUGGUAAGAGAAGGGCCUCGCACGACACGACACGACACGACACGACAAGCAUCACUCGCCUCAGUCAGCCACACCGCCAUUGACUGCUCUGGCCUGCCUUUGGUCGUGGUGUGCAUGGCAUGACAGGUUGCAGUGGUGUUUGAUGAUAAGGCUGGAGAGUGGAUCGUCAGAUACAAACGACCCGACAUGAGCUACAUCGGCAGGUAGGUAACACACACACACACACACACAGAGCAGACCUCACCAUGCCUCCCACAUGUAUAUAUGCACGCCUAUCUACUGCCCCUCAUCGACUCAACUCAGAGCUCCACUUCGCAACGUGCGCCCCGGCCGUGGCUGGAGCCAGCAGCAGGGCACCACGGGCGUGCUGGGCCUGCCCAGCCGCAAGCUGCGCAGCCCCAUCGCCAUGGACGAGACCUCCAUCGACAAGGGCCUGCGGACGCUGCAGAACGGGUCCAAGCCGCUGCCGUACCAUCUUAUGUCCCGUGCCAUCGACCACCUCGUCAAGGAGCGGCGAUAUCACCUGACGAGGUCGAGUGUUAUUGACUUCGAGGAGCGCGAGGACGCCGUGCUGAGCCGGCAGCGGCAGCGGGCCUUCGACAAGCGGCUCAAGUCGCUGCAGGACCGCAUACGACAGGGCGACAGCAGCGUCAAAAUCGGAGAUCUCGUCAGGGAGGUCAGUGGGGGAAGAGGGGAGGGAGGCAAUGGCAUCGCAUCAACCCACAGUCGGAUCAUGUCAUGUCAUGUCAUGUGUUGUGCUUGUGGUUCGGGUGGGUGCAGAUGCCUGGUGUGUUUCUGAGUGUGCGGUGGAUGUGGCAAGACUCCGUCCUGCCAAAAAAGGAGAUCGCCAAGGUGGGUGGGCGGGCUGCGGGCGACAGACAGGUACCGCACCUGUACAUCUGUCCCUGUCCACUCUCUGUGUGUGUCAUCCAGGAUCUUGAUCGCUUGCGCAAGCUUGCUCGUGAGGGGCCGAUGUCUCGACACCCAUCCCCAUCGCCAGCGCCGUCAUCCGUCGCAGCAGCAGCAGCAUCAUCGGGUGGCGACAUCGCGUCUCGUUUCAACGACAUGAUGAUGUCAGUGCAGCAGCCGGGCAGUUCAUCUGCCACGGCCGACGAGAGGGCGGCCGCCGAGCGGCUGGUGAGCCUGGUGCGGGAGAGGAACGACGAGAUCUUACCAGUGGCAGAGCAGGACAGGAAGGACGACCGCUCAGAUGAGCUCUCCGGCGUGUCGGGUGUGUCGGGUGAGGACGGCAGCGGCAGCAAGAAGCCCUCUGAAGGUGCGGCGUCGCCGCUGCAGAUGCUGAUGGACGACAUCUGAGUGAGCCCCUGGACAAGGAGUGUCUAAGGGAGGGGGGGUGGGUGCGUGUGUGGUCGCUUUUGAGAGGAGUGAACACAUGCAUGCUUGUCUGUCUGUAUGUGCAUCGUAUCAUCGCUGAUUUUUCCGGUGGAUGGAUCGGAUUGCUUAAGAAAGAGAGGGGGGGGUCUUGUGGGGUGGCGUGGGUGACGAACGGGGCUGUCCGUCCGGCCGUCCGUCCGUCCGUGCGUACGACUCAUUUGUGGGUGUAUGGAUGGUACGGAUGGCACUCGUCGGCCAGCCUGAGCCUUCCUGCCGGCCGUCAUAUAUAUUGCUCCUUUCCCGUGCCGCCCAUCCCUACCCCCACACACAGAGGCGCGAUCGGCUCCAUCCGCCAUCCUUCACUGUCUGUCGUUUCUCAUCCUGGUUAAGCACAUGGCCCUGGCCCACACACGUGAGCGAGGGGUGACUCCCUCCCUGGCUUUGCUGCCCCUUUUUCCCAUUCUCAUUAUUCAGUUCUUGCUUAGACAGGCCUUGACGCAUCUCAUCUAUCCAUUCGUUCUCCCGACCGAAGCGGAGACUGUUUGUUGUUGAUAGCACGGGCCGGGUGCUUCGAUUGCUGCCUUGGUCGACCGAUUGCUGGUGAGUGUUUGAUUGCAUUGCUGAUGUGUGCGUGAAUGGCGGUGGUGGUGGUGAUUUAAACGGUGAGAGGGAGACUUGUCGUGUCAUGUCGUGUCGUGUCAUGAUGCCUUUUUGGUGUGCAGUGAGUGCGGGGGUGCGUCGACUUAUUAUCUUUCUUGUCUAUCCAACACAGGGAGAGAGGGAGGGAGGCCGCCCUCUCCCCCCCUCCCUUCCUCGUCUUCUUCCCUCAUCUCAUCAUCUACAGGUGUCCAUAAGGUGUGCAUAUCAUCUAUUCUUCUCUCGCUGUCUGUCUGUCUGCCCGCCUGCCUGCUUAUUGGUGCUAUGUGUUGUGCUGUGCUGUGCUGUGCUGUGUCGCUUUUCCCUUUCCGCCUUAACACAUGAGUUCCUCCCUCCGACCUGGCGCGGGAUGGGUGUGUGAGUUGUUGGCCGCGCGUGCCUCUCAACAGAGAAUGCGCCUGCAGAUCAUAUCCACACACAUGCGGUGGUUGGUUGGUGCACCCACCCUCCAUGCGCCCCCAUUCUUCUUUCUUAGUCGGUGACAGACGCACACACUGACGUCCCUGUCUGUCUAUGUCCUCUCUCUCCCCGUGCGUCUGUCUGACCAUGUGUGUGCGUGUGGCUCGCGGUGAUGGUCAGAGGUUCAGAGAGGACAAGGAAAGGAUCGAUCGAUGGAUGGAUGGAUGGAUGGAUGGCGCUCGUGGUGGAGCUGUCUGCCACGCCACGUGGCUGCCCUCCCUCCUGGUUACCCACCCACCCGAUAUGCAUAUCGAUGCACCCCCCGGCGUAAACAAUGAGACAGACUGACUGACACUGACAUCGGUGGCUGGGCUCUUUUUUCAUCAUCCAUAUGUGAUUGUGUGUGAGUGUGGGUGUGAGCGUCGCGUAGUUAUGUGUGCGUGCCGCGUGUCUGUCCACUAACCACAUGGCUGGUCCUGCCCUGCCCUGCACGCAACAACACAACGCACUCACAUAUGCCUAGUGGAAUCUAUCUAUCUAUUGCUUUUGCCUCGGUUUUGAUCGGCUCCCCUCGAUCUCCCGGCCCACCCAUCCCCUCUUUCUCUCACUCACUGACUCCCGCACAGCAGGCAGGCAGACAGCCCCCGUCGACCCGCAAGUGGUGUGUUUGCGUGCGUCUGCACCUCGCUGUGCUUUUUGCCUUGCCGGCCUGCCUGAGUGAUCGCACCCACCCCUGUCUGUCUGUAUGCCAUGCCUGCCUGUGGUACGAUGCUGACUGAGGAGGACACAAACACGACGGAAGGACGACGGACAGACAGACAGACAGUCACCAUGAAUGCGAUUUGGGCAUCUGUCUACU